GCUCUACGUUUGACGAUCUGUCACGUGACCCACGCUAACCGCCAUCUUUGCUUAUCGUAUAAACAGUGCGACCGGGCUCAGCACGAAUUCUUGCCGAGAAAUCGCGGUUUUUCCAGUGUUUUUGAGUGAUUCGAUCGCGGGGAAAUGUCCGAUAUUAAGGCGGAGAACAAGAACGAUAACAAUAUCGAGGAUGUGUCGAAGGACCAUUCUUCAGAAGAGAAACCUACUCCGGCGAAAAACAAACGAGGAGGCACGAAAAGACUUUCCACACUGGAAAGGACGGCUCAGGAAGGCGAACGACUUACAAAGGACUUACAUGUUGGAGAAGUGGAAGGAAGAAGGCGUACUCGUAGUUCAGCGCGAGGUCUGGUUUCGUCGACACCUGUACCGUCUCCACCUAAAAAGGAAAAGAGGGACACCUCAACGAAAAGUACCGGUCGUGGACGCGGGCGUCCUAAACGACAAGAGAAAAACAAUGAAAACAACACAGACGAAGAAGCAGCAAAUAACAAGGGAGAGAAGCAUUCUGAAGAGGAAUCCAUGAAAAUGGAUGUGGAUGAGAACAAGGAGGAAACAGAAAAAUUAAUAGACAACGAGGAUAAGAAUGCUACAAAAGCGGAGAGCAAAGAAACCACUGAAAAGACACAGGAAUCUAAUUUUAAAGAAGAAAAAAUAACAGAAGAAACAGAACAUUACACAGAAGAUACUAAAAAUACUAGUGUUAGCGAAGAGAAGAAGGAAGAAGACAUAAAGGAUAGCUCAGAUUCGAGUCAAGAUGCAACAGACACAGCAGCAGAAGCACCACCCUCGUCUUCUUCAGAUUCUCAAAAUCCCUCUAACACCACUACUACCGAGGAAAAUAAGGAAUAACCUCCUUUCGCCUGUUUACCAACUUCAUCAGGUACCAGGGCGGCGCACACAUUGGGGUUACAAAUCCAGUCCCCUCGUCUAUUUUAACAAAUUGACACCUACUUGCCAAUCGUCGUGCUGAUCAGCGCACGCGAGCUUUCAUUUCUCUUCUCUUACUUCGAAGAUGGAGCACUGAAACGUUGUGUUUGCGAUGUGGAUUCGUUGCCAGAUUAAAUACAUAUUUCAUUAUGUAUUCGAUGGUAUUGAUUGUACCAUAAAGUAAUUAUUUUUAAUUCCGUUUUACUACGAUCGAGGGGAAUUCUCGUUGCACUGGUUAGUUGGCGAUAGCAAGCGAGGUGUAGAGCAUACGUUGUUCAUGUACAAUGAUAAUAUUAUUGUAAAAUAUAUUUAAUAUGGACUUAUAUAGAGACAGGUUGUUUUCAAAUCAGAGCUGAGGUCGGAGUUUACAAAUAUUGUCUUCAAUUCAGAUCUGAUAUGGAAGUAGCUGAAAUUAAUUCGUACAUAGCAAAUUACUGUAAUACCUUAUCUUAUAUAAAUAAUGACUGAAUGAAGUGGAAUAUAUGAGAAUUAUGGUGAAACAAUUUCUCUUUUUUCAUGGAAUACAGAAAUAAA